UCUCCUGACGUUCAAGUUCGCAGGAACGUCACGUCCGCACUUGAACUUGCAGCUCAUCUCAAGGUUUGGGGAGGGCAUGAGGUGGAAGAGGAGGAGGAGGGGGGUUUCUCUCACUGCAUGCGCCCUCCAUCAUCAUCACCAUCGUCAUCAUCACCAGCAUCAUCAUCAUCAUCACCGUCAUCAUCAUCGUCGUCGUCGCCACUCGCCGGUCGCGCUAAAAGUCAUGAAGAUCUCUCCCACGCAGUCCGCAGCGGUUUACCCCCCCUCGCCCGUUUGAUCCGUGCGCCCCUUCACUUUCCCCCUCGUUUUGAGCACCUCAGUCGCGCGCGGUUCCCGAUUCUCACGGACGUCAGACGCAUCCAUGAGGAGAUUUUCACUUGGAGUUUACCUGGAUUUCCCAAUGUGAGCCCCGCCGAGAAGUCGCCACUCCAGCCAACAUGUCUCGCCGUAAGCAAGGCAAACCCCAACACUUGAGCAAACGGGACUUUUCGCCUGAGCCACUGUCAGGUGUUAUACCAGAAGAAGACUGUCAGGACUCCCCCAGGCUGGGUGUCGCUCAGGGCGAACCCCUAAAAGGGGAUCAGGACCUGCUGACCUGUGGCCAGUGCCAGUCCCGCUUUCCCUUGGCUGACAUCCUGUUCUUCAUUGAACAUAAACGGAGGCAGUGUCACGGAGGUCUCUUUAUGGACAAACCCCUAGACAGGCCACCGUCCUCGCCGCUCUCCUCGCCCCUCUCCACGUCAUCCUCGCACUCAAGGAACCACCACCCACGUAGGGUAUGUCACCCCGUUGAGGUGGCCGUUCAGGUGUCACCGCAGGACGAGGAUUGUUUAUCGACACCCUUGCACGGAAUAAUUCCCAAGCAGGAGCAUAUCACAGAUAAAGAUGAGCCCAGCAGUUACACCUGCACCACAUGCAAACAGCCAUUCACUAGCGCCUGGUUCCUUCUCCAGCAUGCUCAGAACAGCCACGGUUUUCGCAUCUACCUGGAGAGUGAGCCAGGCAGUCCGCUGACCCCUCGCGUAGCUGCCGGCCCUGGGAUGGGAGGUGACUGUGCCUCGUCCCAGCCUCCCCUCCAUGCUGUCCACCUGGCUGAUGGUAGUCCUUACAGCCUGCUACGAAUGCCGGGGUCCGGGUCCGGACGGGAUUCGGUAUCUACUCCUCGCGAGGGUCGUUAUCCUCGAACCCCACCCCUGUUCAGCCCACCCCCGCGUCAUCACCUCAGUCCCGACGACCUGGCCCUGGCAACUCACCAUCCCAGCGCCUUUGACCGGGUGAUGAGGCUCAAUUCAAUACCACUUGAACCUCCCCCAAACAUGGACUUUUCUAGAAGGCUCCGUGAACUGGCUGGUAAUGCCACAGGAGCCUCCCCCCCUCUCUCCCCUAAUAGGCCCACGCCUAUGCAACGGAUUCUUCAACCAUUCCAGCCAGGUUCAAAGCCUCCAUUCUCUGCAACUCCGCCUCUUUCCACCUCUCAGUCACCUUCUGGCUCGGGGUCUACCCCCAAUCCCACAUCCAACACGGCUCAACCGGGCACGCCAUUAAAGGCAAAGUCUUGUGAGUUCUGUGGGAAGACUUUCAAGUUCCAAAGUAACCUUAUUGUACACAGACGUAGCCACACAGGGGAAAAGCCAUUUAAGUGUCAUCUGUGCAACCAUGCAUGCACCCAAGCAAGCAAGCUAAAACGACACAUGAAGACACACUGUCAGAGCAAGUCUUUGGUGCUUAAUGCCAAGUCAGAAGAUGGCCUUUCGACGGCCAGCUCUCCUGAGCCUGGUACCAGUGAGCUGAUGGGCAGUGCCACUGAUGCUCUCAAGUCAGUAGUGGCCAAGUUCAAGAGUGAGAACAAUGGUGUUAUGGAUGAAAAUGGAGAAGAGGAAGAUGAUGAAGAUGAUGAAGAUGAGGAGGAACAGGAAGAGGAGGAAGAAGAGGAGGAAGAAGAGGAAGAAGAGGACGAAGAGGAGAUUGAAGGUAAGCCUGUGGUCAGAGAUGUCGAAGAGGACAGGAAUAACUAUCGUUUUAGCCUGAGGUUAGAAGGCGCUCGCCACCACCAGAACAGUUUGGCCCUGCACCCUCGUCGUCGGAGCUCCUCGCAGGAGCCAGCUGAUGAGGAUUCAGCCAUGGAGUCAGACCGGGCAGAUGAUGUGACCACAACAACUAUUAAUGGUCUCGGACCAUUAUCCACUGACAGUCUAUCCAGAAAGUUGUUGGGUGGAGGCAUUAGCCCAGGAUCCCUCAGUCCUCUGUCCAAACGUAUCAAAGUGGAAAAGGAUCUAGACCCCCCUACGCCCACUAUUGCAAACUCAGAAAACGUCUACUCCCAGUGGCUAGCAGGCUAUGCUGCCUCACGACAACUCAAGGACCCCUUCAUCAACUUUACUGGUGGAGACUCCAGACAAUCGCCCUUUGCCUCCUCAUCUGAGCACUCGUCUGAGAAUGGGAGCUUGCGCUUCUCGACUCCGCCUGGUGAGCUGGAUGGGGAGCGGGCCACCUCGGGACGCAGCGGCACAGGCAGCGGGGCCAGCACACCCCACGGUGGCAGCGGGAACGGCAGGCCGAGCUCCAAGGACGGCCGCCGCAGUGACACCUGUGAGUUUUGUGGGAAGGUGUUCAAGAACUGCAGCAAUUUGACAGUGCACCGACGCAGUCACACUGGAGAGCGGCCCUACAAGUGUGAACUGUGCAGCUACGCCUGCGCCCAGAGCUCCAAGCUCACACGCCACAUGAAAACCCAUGGACAAAUGGGCAAAGACGUUUACAAAUGUGAAAUAUGCCACAUGCCUUUCAGUGUCUACAGUACUCUAGAGAAACACAUGAAGAAGUGGCACAGCGACCGCCCUCUGGGUAACAACAUUAAGACUGAGUAGGCAAACAACAGCAUGCUGUACGUUUUCUCUUUCAGCUCCUUUGGCUAAGAUGCAACCCUGGCUAUGUAGCCAAUAGAUGAACGGAAUGGACGACAGGGUCAGACAAAAGUACACAGUACAGCCCUGUUAUCGUUCCCAUCCACUGGGGCAAUACUCUUGUAUGAAAUAAAACUUUUUGAGCCUUUCUAUUGUGCAAUAAUUACACAUUUUAUAUAUAAAUAUAUAUCUAUUUUUUUUGUAACUGGACAGCAUGCUUGUUGUGUUUAUGGCUACUCUAAAGCUAUCAGUGACUUGUUGUACUUGUGUUGCUGUUGAUCCCGUUGAUUUAGCCUACAUAUUUGAACCCUUGCUGCAGACAGUACAUACUGUUUUACAUAUCAUGUACAGUUUUGUUUCCAAGUAAAUCGGAACAGUGUCAUAUCAUUCGGACAUCAAGAAAAAGCAGGGUUACAUUUAAAACUGGUCUAUGUGAAUUGUUUUCCAUGCAAGAUAGACAAAAAUACACACACACACACACACACCACACACACACACACACACGCACACACACAAGACUAACUGGGCAGCCUAUGAAAUGUGAGGCACUAGCACCGUGACUUAUUUCUUUUACAAACAAUGAAAUGAAUAAUAUGGUGUAAGAUGACAACAAAGAGUGCCUUGGAUAGUUUACCUGCAUUAGUUAAUCAUCUUUUUGCUAUAAGCUCCACGUUUCAGAUGUAGAUAAUUAGAAGACAUCUUGUGCACAUAUGGAAUACGUAAACGGGUCCUUGCAUCAAGCACCUGUACAACCCUAUCGUGUUGUGACUGCGCAGAACAUUAAGAAACCAGCUUAAACUAAAUUGAAAAGAAAAAAAAUCAUCAUGUUUAUCUCUGGUCAAUCAUUUAACUGCCUGACUCAAAUAUAUUUUCAUUCUUCAGAUUAUAAUUCUGUUUACUGGCAUGUUACAUGCUCAAAAGGUGGGUGGAGGUUUUUUUUCUGGUAGAUGUGUAUCAUACUGAGAGGGUACUCUGAUGAGUUGUUUUAGCCAACAUGAAGCUCUUAAUUUUCCGAUGUUUAUUCUCUUUGAAAAAUUUUUUUCUUCUUUGUGUGUGUGUGUGUGUUUAAGUGAGACUUUUUUUGUAUGUCAUCCAGGCAGCCUGUGUAGCCAGCACUAACUUGAAGACCACAGUCUUUUUUACGCCAGGCAGAUUUUGAUUUCGGUGAGGGGAGGGGGGAUACUUUGCAUGGGUCAGGGUUAUGGGAUGUCAGUGGGUAUAACCACAUGUCUCUCCAAUCCAAAUGUUUUAUGCCCUCUUUAUUUUCUUGACUGCAUUCGAUUUUAACAUUUUAAUGAACUCACGUUGAUAAUGCAACUAGUUUCCAACUUGAAAACAUAAACGACCCCUCUCCACACUUAUACACACACAUGCACACAAUUUUUUUUCCCCAUUUUGAAUUACUUGUUGUGACUCAUUUUAACUGUAGUAUUUCCUCUCACCACCCUGCCAUUUUUAAAAAAAUAAUAAUGAUAGCACUUGUCACUCUGCCUACAGUCUGUAUCUGUCUCUCUAAUCGGAGGUACAGUCGGUUGAGUAUAAAAUGUGGACCGGAUUCCAUAUCUGGGACGAUCUACGUGCACUGUUCCGUUUCCCCACUUUACAGGUGGAAGCUCAAGGGGGAAAAAAAUGGCUCUUGUGCUGACUGAUACAGUAACUGUGGUAUCAUGUAAAAAAAAAAAGAGAAAAAAAUGAGUUAAAACCUUUGCUGUCAAUUUCUUGAGAGCUAAACAUCACUUUGGUUCAAUUGGGUAUCAAUGCAGGAAAUGCCAUAGAAAUGUCCUGCAUCAUACUAACUUUAAAAAUAUACCCUUCAGUACAGGAAAACUUGGAAAAAAACUUACCAUUUUUUUCCCUAAAUUGUGUUGUUGAUUUUUAAAGUACAUGUCCGUACACGUCAUGGUCGUAUGGGGAGAAUUUAAUUUAAAUUUGAUUUUGAAUUUGUGUUGUUGUUUCUUUUUGCUGUCUUGUUGACAUUCAGGACUUUAUCAUGAUGUAUUGAAUUGUAAUGAACAUGUCUUGUAUCUGUUUUUUUUUUUUUUUUUUUUUGCCUUG